UGCUUAUCGGCUUCAGCUAUCGUGGGGUAGGCGGGCUGUUUUGUGUGCCACUGUGAACCGCUCCGGCUGCUUCAAGUGACAAAUGCAUUGAUGAAGCGUGUUUGAAAUCGCAUUUUGCAACUGUACACUGCGUUGCGGUUUUUGGCGGUGUUGUCGUUCGAUAGUCGCGAACGGCUAGUGACGGUUGUUCUGUUUUCGAACGCUACCACGGCUACGAUCUCAACGCCGCCGGUCCAAGUCGCCGCCCGAGUCUUGCUGGUGUCGAGGCUAUGCCAGCGGUCUGCAAAGUCGGACUGUCGACGUGAACUAGGAAGUUCAGAACAAAACCUGUAAUUUUUUGGCAUCCUACUGAGCUAGGAUUUGGACUCAUCUACAAAUUCCAAACAUCUGACUUAUCCCAUGACCUCUGACCUUGGAGACAGACAGGAUAUUUGUUCCAACCUGCAACAGACAAAUUCCGGCAGUGCCGCAUCGGAUCGCAUGUAUUUGGACAAGUACAUUGACACGAAACCAGCAACCACCACGCAAAGCCUGAACCCGAACGCCGACAUAUUCUACAGCAAGAAUGCGCUGGCCAAGUCCGAAGAUGACGACGGAGGAGGAGGAGGAGGAGUGUGCUGUGAUGCAUCGGAGGUAGCACCGGAGGGGGGCACGGCCAUGGCGCCCCCGCCGCCCCACGGCCUGGGGCCCCCCCAUUUCAACCCUGAUGAGCUGCCCCUGGCGGACCUGCGUCGCAUGCUCAUGCAGCAGCUCGAGUACUACUUCUCCAGGGAAAAUCUUGCCAAUGACACAUACCUGCUGUCUCAAAUGGACAGUGACCAAUAUGUGCCCAUUGGUACAGUGGCCAACUUCAAUCAGAUCAAAAAGCUAACCAAGGAUCUUAGUCUUAUUGUCGACGUCCUACGAGAAUCCCCUAAUGUGCAGGUAGAUGAGGCUGGUGAAAAAGUACGCCCCAACCACAAACGCUGUGUCCUGAUACUUAGGGAAAUACCAGAGAGCACUCCUGUAAAAGACAUCGAGGCACUCUUCAAGGCCAGUGACAAGUGCCCGCAGUUCAUGAGCUGCGAGUUCGCCCACAAUAGCAGCUGGUAUGUGACAUUCGAGUCUGACGAAGAUGCACAGCAGGCGUACAGGUACUUGCGCGAAGAAGUGCGCUCCUUCCAAGGGAAGCCCAUUAUGGCCCGCAUCAAAGCCAAGCCCAUUUCACGAGCCUCAUUUCUGCCACCGUACAAGAAUGGUUUGCGGCACCAGCCUCCUCACCUGAUGGCAGGUGGAGAGGGGCUUGGCAGUGCCCCUGCUGCUGCAGCUGCCCCUGCCGCUGCCAGUGGGCCUGCCCCAGGGGGGGUCUCGACGCAGCCACUGAGCACAAGCCAACCAACAGCUGCCGCCACCCCUGUGGCACCGCAGCAGACCACGCAGGCAUCCACCUUCUAUCAGGGGCCACUGCAGGUGAACUAUGGUCCAGCCAAUGCAGGCAGCAACAGUGCAGGGCCGGGCACCGCUCAGCUGUACCCGCCCUUCUACCCUCCCGCUAUGCUACAGACCUGGACACCAGCCACUCCUACAUGUUUUGACCUGGGAACGGUGUUCUCUAUGAAUGGCCUGGCACCCCAGGCAACCUACAAGCCACUGAAUGGGACGGGUGGCACGGGUCGGCACGGCUUCCCUGUCCUGUGGCAAGGUGGUGGUGGCCGUUCGUCCAAGUCUUACCUGCGGACAGGUGGUGCCUCCUAUGAUGGCGAUUCCCGGGGCUUCUAUGAGCGGCAUGGUGGCAGCCUCCUAGGUCCCGGUUACCCAUCAACCUACCUUGCUGGUGCACCUGCUUUCCCACUUUCCCGGGGUGGGGGUGGAGGACCCCCACCUGCGUAUAUUCAGGAGUUCAUGCCCGCGACUGGUGGUGGCAAACGGGACUCUGGCAACUCUCUCUACUCCCUGUACUCCAGGGGAAGUCCCAAGGGGGACACGGGCAAGGACUCCGGAGGCGGCAGUGGCUCUUCACAAAAGUACCAAGACAGCCGGAUGCGACGGAGGAAAAAGGAAGAAAAUGGUUCCAACAAAACAGACGGUAGUAAUGCAGACACCAGCAAAUCAAGGGAAGAAGCUGAAGCCCCAAAAUUCGAUCUGGAGGAAGCUGCCUUUCCACCUUUGCCUGGCUUCCUGGAGGAGGAAUCGUUGGGCCAGGGAGCCGUGUCAGAUGACAGCUCUUCGGCUCUAACGACACCCGCUGCAGCGACAGCCAACAGCAGGCUCUCUGACAUAGUUCGUGGUGCUGCGCCUAGCCGCACACUAAGUAACAGCGCUGUCAGUUCCUCCUUACCAGCUGCCGCCCCUAUUCCCACAUUGGCCACAAAUGCAGCAUCCUCGACCAAACCUCCAACACGCGACUGUAAAACGCAAACAGCAGAGUCUGCCCUGAGUCCUGCAGCUGCCGCCGGCACUGCCAACUCAGUGUCAACCCUUGUCACCAAGGACAGUGCCACCCUGACCAAUGGCAGCGACUUCCCAGCGACUAUGCUGACUCCACCUGCAUCUCCUGUGUCUCCAAACACUGCCAUGCAUGAAGGUGCUUCUCAGGAAGUGGAGGCCCCCGCAAGGGUUCAAAGCCCAGCACCCACUGAAGAGACAAUUGCCACUGCUGCCGCUCUUGUUGUGAACUCGUCUCCUGCUGCUUCAGCUACGACACCGCCCACACCAACAGUAUCGGCACCAGCAGUGACAGCAACGCCACAGCCUGUGUCUAAUGCGGUACCACAGAAGGCAGCAGCAGCUGCCGAAGAAGGAGGUCGCAAGCUGACCUAUUCGGAGGUGGCAGCUAUGGCCAAAAGCCGAGCAGCCACGCAAGCCACACCAGAGCAGCCCAAGGAGGGCACAAAGUCGGGCCUCCGAAACUCAGGUCACGGCCAGCGACCAGAGCAGGCAGCUGUGGGUCAGCCACAGAGGGGCCCUGGCCGGAGGAUGGAGCCACGUGCCCACUCGCGCGACCGCCGGUCUUCAGCCGCUGGCUCUCACAGGCACCGCAGCCCACCCAGUGAAGAUGCCCACUAAGGGCCUGGCCUACUGUGCAGCACUUGAUGUGGCCAACGCCGCCACAAUAACGCUUGUCCCAGCCACGAGAGGUGCCGAGGACAUCUUUUGCCAAAACGGCCCCAGCAGGAGGUGGUGACCCCGGAGGGGUCUUGUGCUGUGCUAGUGACGACAGUAUUUGUUGGUUUAUCGACUCUUUAUCUCUCCAUUCACAUUGCGUGCACACACCUGGCCGCCUCCUGCCUGUAACCUCCUGGUCGGCCCGGAUGCCAGAACAUUGCUCCUCGCUGAGACUUUCCGUGUCCGCAGGGGAAAAACACUUUUGUUCCUGUUGCAAAAUGUUGCUAAUGGUGUGCUUGGAAGCCGUGGGUGGCAGCACCACCAGGCUUUCCCAAGAGGAAGGCACAAACGGCCUUGCUUGCUGCUGGCCAAUAUGCAAGGGUGGCAGGUGACAGACCACAACACCUUCCACCCACCUGACACGGGCUCUGCCGCAACCACUAAGACAACAUACGUGCUACAAGACUUGACGCGUGCCCGGCAGUGGCCGUUCAGCGAAGGACUGUGCUGUCAAGAGGCCACAGCCAAUUUCUCAAAGGGGCUGCCCAGGGCAGGGCUGCAGUGGUGACACACAGCACCAGCACUUUAUAGAGAAGGCCUGCCCUGCCCUCACUGGGCAUUUUUUUUCUUUUUUCUUUUCUUUUCUUUUUUUUUCUUUUGUGAUCACAGAAGAGACCCGAAACGAUGGCAAGCCGGCCAUUGGUGUUCUCCAGCGCUGUUCUUGUAGGAGUGUUACUACCAUUCUAAACAAAGGAGUGGAUAGCUUUUUUUAUUAUUUUUAUUUUAUUAUUUUUUUUUCUACUACUUCUUUAUAUGUUAUUGUCUGUGUUUGUAUAAUCUCCGAAAGCCAAUUGUUACGAACAACAUCCAGAUGCACCUAGAUGUUCCAAACUGGGGGUGCAUGCUGACACAGCUAAGCGGGCUGUGUUGCACCUUUGAGGCGGACUGCCCAUUGAGUGCAUCUCACAUGCUUCCUGUUUUUUUCCUGGCGGUCUUCCGUCUCUGUGUGAGCUUGUCCCUGGGAGAUUUCUGUUGUCAAAAAUGUGUUUACUGGCAGCCUUGGUGCAAGGUACCGCGCCCAUUAUUUUUGGUCUUUUUGUAUAAAACUGUCAGCUUCCCAAGUUCUCUGUAACACGAUGUUGCCACGGCUGGUGUCGCAGUGCAUGUUUAGCUUGCACCAUGUCGCCCAAUGUUGCAGGUCACUAAAGCACUAAAGCCUGCCAUGAAAAUUAAAAGCAAAAAAAGACCGGCUAAAGAAAACGAAAAAAAAAUGCCUGCCAUGUAGGUUUUUGAUUUUGCUACAGCUUACCGUGACAAGUUUGCACAUACAGAAUUAAGCGUGUCAUGAGACUAGGGUCUGAGUAAAGACUAGUGCUGAGAGAAUGUGUGCAGUGCAAUUCUCGGAACAAGUGGAGCGCGCUCUGUCAGCUGGUUGUUUUGGGAAGCUUGCACAUGCACUGUCGGCCAGCCCUUCUGAUCCUGCGACAGUAGACGGGCUGGGCUUCUCCUUUUUUCUCUCUCUCUGUUCCUCCCUAUUGCUGUUUUUCUUUUCCUUGCAGGUAUGAACGUGUGUUUCUCUCACCUUACAUUUGUGAGGAGGUCCACGAACAAGUAAAGCAAGCAUACUGCAAAUUUCUUUUUAAUAGAAGUAAUGUUCUCUCAUUUUGGUGUGCCGAGUGCAGCAACAGAUGUUGUUGCAAAAUUUCAUCAACUGAUUUUAUUUUCCCUCCCCUCCCAUGUCUCAAGUGUUUGUUGUGCUCAUUUGAUUUCAAUGUUUGGAUGGUCUUGCUUUCUCCUCUUUUUUUUUUUCUUACUAUGGGAGAUGGUGUUCUUGAAGUUUGAAAGGGCCUAGUCAGGACAGAGUUUGGGAAAGGCAGAAGACAGCCAUUAGGGCCUUUAUAUGAUUCUUUUUUUUUAUUAUUUGUGUGUGACAUAAAAAGAAAGUGUUUUGGCUGAUGGCCCUAAAGGCAAAAUGUAUUUGUUCGUUUGGACUCUCCUCCAUUGAAGCCUAGAUGGGAGGAUGGUGACUGACGAAUGAAAUGUUCACAUUGUUUGUAAAUAGUGACCUUACUCUUCUCCUCCUGCCCCCCCCCCCCAAUUCUUUUUCCACUUAUGCCUUUUCUGACAUUGAAAGAGGGAGGGGGAUUCAGUGCUGAUAAGGGCAGCAAGCUCGCCUAUAAGGGGAGAGUUGAUCGUAGCUGCACAAGCGCAGUGCAGGUGGGUACAGGCAAGGGAGGCCGAGUUUUUGGGCGCUUAACUACUUCUGUUGUCUGCAGAGGGAUUGAGGGAGAGAGCUUGGUGGGCAUGUUAUUAUUGGAGGAUAUAUUUUUGCGAUGACCGCACUGGGCGUACAAGAGACCUUACUCUCUCUCUCAGCGCAUUUUCUGUCAGUCCAAGUGCCUUAAGUUUUUUCUCGGAACCUCCCCAGGCCAUCUCCUGCCGUCACGGGAAUUAUAUUCUGCUGUUUCUUCCGUGCCGCUUAUCAGUGUCCAUGCCAUGGAAGACUAGUUUCUCUCAUGCAUACCUCCACCCCAACUCUAGCUUCCUCUGCCUUUAAUUUCCUCUGCCUUUUUUUCCUACCCCAGUUUUGUGCCCAAGAUUGUGUGUUUCGCAGCAACAUAUACUCUGCCUUUCCCUCAUUAUUCAAUAUUUUUGGUAACCUGCAAAGUAUGAUUUGGAUUGCUGGGUGUAUAAAUUAAUAAAUGCAAGCACUAGGUCUA